AUGGAGAAUUUUAUAAGUGUCAUGGUGCUUAUUCAAGUACAUAUGUUAGUUAAAGCCCUGAUGAGCCAUAAAUGGACCUGCAGUUUUAUUGUUAUUUGUUUUACAGGGGUCUGUAACACAGCACAGAUAAUUGUUAAAUCUGGCGCUAGUUUAUUCCUAACUGGAAGUGAUAUACAAAUACGAUGCAAGUGCUAUAUGAACCCAUCUGGAACCUACACAUUUUCAAAAGAUAGUGCUCCCCUGAAUUCAGGUGGACACAUCACAGUGGAUCGCAACAAGGUGUUCAUUAAAAAUGCAACUACCGAGGAUAGCGGGAGUUACACAUGCACAGCAUCUUCACCAUCAUCUUCUACCAAAACGCCAGAUUCACCGUUAUCCAUCUCUGUCAUUGGUAUGUUUAAAAAAUCCCCAUUUUUAUUUUGUAAAUUACUGUUCUCACUCUGAAUAGCAGUCAAAGGAAAAAAUCACAUGAAUUCCUGAGUCGGAGACUCAGAGUUUUUCUUUGUCCCACACUCAUGACAUGCUGAUUAUUUCAUCUUCACAUUUGUUCACCAAGCUUAAAAUUCACCAUCUUUUCAUGUUAUCGUUUUGUAAAAUCCUGAUCAAAAAACAGCCCUAUGCCAAAGUUUUGCCAGAGAGGCUACAUUUGAAUGGUAACAUCAUAGGAUUUCAUCCAAAGAUUUAUGUAUAACGUAGAAGGACAAAGCAACCGGUCAUACUCUGUUUUACAGGUCAGUGUACCAGGUAAAAAGGAAGGGUUUUGAAAAAAGCAGAAUUAAUGGUACCAUGUAAAAGUAAAGCUGAACCCCAUCAAUAUUGUCACCAGUUAAUAAGCCAUAGGAAUUUGGUCAUGUUGUAAAGCUGUAUUAGCUGAAUAGGGUCAUACAUGUAUGUGCCAACUCUCCUGGAAAAACAUUUGUAUAAAAAUCUCCCAGAUAUGGGUAUGGGAGAAGGGUGACGUGUACCACAAAGGGAACAGUCCCCAGAUUUUACAUCUCUAGAUGUUAGCAUCAGAGGGUCAGUACAUACGUUGGAAUUUCAGAAUUGGCCAGAUCUGUAUUUUACUCUGAAUCAAAUUUUAAUUCAUGUUCUUGUCUUGUUCCAGUUGGGCAGCAUCCUCAGUUCCUGCAACCGCCUCCAGCAACAUCUUGGGUUGUAGAAGGGAAUUCAGCAAAGAUUCCCUGUAAAGCAAUUGGCAAUCCAACACCCAUAAUUAACUGGUAUGCUGAUGGUGACGUCAACCCAUUGCAGAACAGUUCUAAAUACACUAUUAAUGCUAAUGGGUCACUUGAGAUUAAAAAUGCUGACAGCCAAGAUGCCAUUAUGUACAAGUGUACUGCUACCAACUUAGUGAACAAAAUCGCCAAGGAUACCAAAUUAGAACUAGCUUGUAAGUAA